CUGCCUGGACGCAAACAGAAAACUUAAAGACUGACAAUUGGCAAUCCAGAAAGACAACUGUUCCAGCAGAAGCUAGAAUCAGGAUUACUCAGAGGUUAAAGAAAGUAAAAUCUUAAGUAGAGGAAAGAGCUGACAAAAUGCUGUACAAGGUUAUCUCUGCUGUAUGUUUAGCGUUGUGGAUCAGUUCUGGUGCUGUUACCUCACAGGAGGACCCGCACAUGACCAGAGCCAAGCAGCUGAUGUCUGAGACCCCGCUCAUUGACGGCCAUAACGACCUGCCUUGGCAGCUUCGAAAGCAGUUCAACAACCAGCUCAACAAUGUAGAUCUUAACACACUGGACACAACACACACCAACAUCCCCAAGAUCAAGGAGGGACGACUGGGAGCGCAAUUCUGGUCUGCCUACGUUCCCUGUGAAACUCAGUACAAAGAUGCUGUCAGACAAACUCUGGAGCAGAUUGAUGUAAUUCACAGGAUGUGUCAGAAAUAUCCAGAAACGUUCAUGUUUGCCACCAGCAGCCAAGACAUCAUGGAGGCCUUCAAGAUGAGCAAGACAGCCAGUCUGAUUGGGGUGGAGGGGGGUCACUCCCUUGACAGUAGUCUGGGCACCCUUCGCACCAUGUACCAGCUGGGGGUUCGCUACCUCACACUCACACACUCCUGCAACACACCCUGGUAA